UCAUUGACAAUAUGUCAAAAUUCUCAGUUUUACUACAAAACGAACACUAAGUGAGUAACAGCAAUUUAUAGUUUAUUUUGUAAACAAUGGCUGAUCCGCUCAGUUUAUUACGGCAAUAUAAUAUAAAAAAGCGUGAAAUUAUCGAACGCGAAGGACAAAUUAUAUUUGGUGAAUUUUCGUGGCCGAGAAAUGUGAAAACCAAUUAUCUAAAAUAUGGUUCGGGUAAAAAGGGAGCUCCACCAGAAUAUUACACACUUGAAUGCUUGCUGUACCUUUUGAAAAAUGUACAGCUUCAGCAUUCCGUGUAUGUGCGUCAAUGUGCCGCCGAAGAUAUACCAGCCGUAAAUCGUCCCGAUCGAAAAGAAUUAUUGGGCUAUUUAAAUGGUGAAUCAUCGUCAUGUGCGAGCAUCGACAAAAGUGCACCGUUGGAGAUUCCAACCCAAGUCAAACGUCCGCUCGAAGGUGAUGGUUUGGAAAAUAUUGCGAAAAAAGCGCGUUAUGAAGAUACACAAGUGCAAAAAGUGCGUGAACAAUUAGCAGCACGUUUAGAUGUUAACAAAAAAGAACAGGCUGUCAAUCUUGACAACAUUAAAUCAUUGUCGGAGGCGAUGUCAGUUGAAAAAAUUGCGGCCAUCAAAGCAAAACGUUUGGCCAACAAACGUACCACCAUCAAACGAAAUGAUAAUGACGAUGCAAUGGGCACCGAUUUACGUGCCAUUCUUGAUUUUGAUGUGGAUUCAACAAAGGAUAUUAUAAGCCGUGAACGACAAUGGCGUACACGUACCACAAUGCUACAAAGUACUGGUAAAAUGUUUGCAAAAAAUAUUUUUGCCAUAUUACAAGGUAUUAAAAAUCGCGAAGAAGGACGAUCGAGACCGAUGCAACCACAAAAUCGUUUACCAGAACCGGCACGAAUCAUACGACCAACACCACAACCAGCACAAUAUAAUCGGUACGAUCAAGAACGUUUCAAUCGUCAAAAGGAAGAAACGGAAGGUUUCAAAAUUGAUACAAUGGGUACAUAUCAUGGUAUGUCAUUGAAAUCGGUGACCGAUGGUUCGGCAUUGCAAAAGAAACAACAAAUUGCAAUGAUGCCACCCGGACGACCGAAAGAUAUUAAUCCGGCACAUCAAGGCAUGAAUGCACAACAACAAGGCAAUAAACGACCGUCACGAACACCAAUUAUUAUUAUACCAGCAACAAAUACAAGCUUGAUCAGCAUGUACAAUGCAAAAGACAUUCUACAAGAUCUUCGGUUUGUUUCAACGGAUGAGAAAAAGGCACAAGGAUGUCCACGUGAAAAUGAAAUUCUAUUGCAACGACGUAAAGAUGGCAACGUUACUGUGCCGUAUCGUGUCAUUGAUAAUCCAUCAAGAUUAUCACCACAAGAUUGGCAUCGUGUGGUUGCUGUUUUUGUUAUGGGGCCUGCAUGGCAGUUCAAAGGAUGGCCAUGGAAUGGGAAUCCCGUUGAAAUAUUUUCACAAAUUUGUGCUUUUCACUUACGUUUCGACGAAAUGAAAUUGGACGCAAACGUUGCACGAUGGGCGGUUACGGUAUUAAAUUUGUCACGAACCAAACGACAUUUGGAUCGAGCAGCUCUUAUGACAUUUUGGGAACGAUUGGAUAGUUAUAUGAUGAAAAAUAAACCAGAUCUUCGAUACUAAUUUUAUUGAUUAUUGUGUUAAAAAAAAACAAGCAACAAAGAAUCAAAUUGUUCUGUUGGUUUAAAAAGAAAACUGUAUUCGUAUAUAGAAUAGACAAUUUUCUCUCCCCUCGAAAAAAAAUAUACGAGAAAAAUUCCAUUUCAUUUAACCAUAUAGAAAAAAAAUACAUUCUUUUUACAUUAUAAUGACACGCCAUUUGCAAAACAUCAAAUGAAAUAAAAUUAUACGAAAAUUGAAUUAAAAAACGAUGGCAAACAUUUCAUGUAUUUAAUUGUUUUUGUUUUUAUUUGUCCGUUCGAAUUGAAAGUGUCGAAUAAUUCAAAUCGCCGCUGAUUUCAAUUUUUUUUUUCAAGUUCAGAUUGCUCCAAGAGAGUACAACCAAGUUUUCAGAUUUGAUUGGUUUCACCGCAGAUAUCCGUAAAUCCAAGCAAUUUAGCCCAGUUAAGCUACCACAAGCAAUAAACGUCAAUAGUCCGAAAUUUCAAACAAAUAU